GGUUGGGAUAUAGAUCAGGACCUCGACCUGCCGCCGGAAGUGCUUGCCACCAUCGAAGACAAAGCUGAUACAGGCGCUGCUGGUGUGGAUUCAGCGUUUGUUGAACCCGUGCCUGGACGUUCUGCGUCCAGCUACUGGACAGAGAAUUCCAACUUUGUAGUAGAUCAGGUCUGUGCCGGCAACUGGAGUCAAGCGAUGUGCCUACUGAAUCAGCAGGUUGGCGCAGUUGACUUCUCCUCCUACAAACCCAUCUUCCAAUCAAUCUUUGCUGCAUCGAGGCUAGCUUUGCCAGGAAUUCAGAAUACACCCACAAUGAGUGUGUACCCUCAACGUAACUGGGCCAAUUUGCGGAAUGGUCUCGCCUCUGGGCUUCCUGCCGUACCUGUUAGACUGGACAAUCUUCUUGCACGCCUUCAAACUGCCUACCAGCUGACAACAAAGGCCAAGUUUGCGGAUGCCGUCGACCGAUUUCGCGAGAUCUUGCUUCUCGUGCCGCUGCUUGUGGUAGAAAACAGUACCGAGGAGAGUGAAGCCAAGAGCCUGCUGUCGAUUUGCAGGGAGUACAUUGUCGGACUGCAGAUGGAGAUGACUCGAAAGUCUCUACCCAAGAAUACAGAUCAGGUAUGUUUCCUGAUUUAUAAUGACGUACAUCCAAAAUAUGUGUGA